AUGCAGAAUCAGCGCCUCACGUGGAUUGCGGAGGAGAAAGAGUGGGUGAAUGUGGGUGAGUCGAUCUCCUUUCGCCAAUUCAAGCAGCUAGAGCAGACGGCCGCCCAGAAGCAGCAGGCGGGCGACAAGCCCGACCAGUUCCUGAUCUUCGAGCUGUCGUGCGGAGAGCAGGACGGCGCCGAGCGGAUCGACGCCUUUAUUCGCGCCGCGCUCGACUGGUACAAGCGCGAGCUCGCGCGGCUCAAAGACCAUCGAAGGUGGCUGUACUCGAUGGUGUCGAAUGACGCUCUCAAGCGCCGCCGGCCGAAUGACGAGCUGCCCGACUUCCGUUACAAGCGGCACGCGCUCUCGGACCACAAGACCUUCUCGUCGCUCUUCUUCCCACAGAAGGACUCGCUUUUGAGGCUGCUCGCCGACUUCGAGCGCGGCACGGGCAAGUAUGCCGUCGCGGGCUUUCCGCAGAAGGUGGGCCUCCUGCUCCAUGGACCGCCGGGCACGGGCAAAACCUCGCUCAUCAAGGCGCUCGCCCACCACACGGGCCGCUCGAUCAUCAACGUCUCGCUCGCGCAGGUGCAGACAAACACGCAGCUCGCCGACAUCAUGUACGACCUCACCCUCGACGUCAUCGGCGGCGAGCCGUCGCGUCGGCGCACCUUCUCUGACCUCAUCUUUGUGAUCGAGGACAUCGACGCAUGCUCGAGCAUCGUCCACCGGCCACCUCCACCACCACUACCACCCACCAUGCCACCGGCCGGGUACCACUGGCCACCGGUGCCACCCCCCACCCCUGACAUACUUAACCUCGCUGGCCUCUUGGACGUGCUCGACGGGUGCGUUGACACGCCUGGCCGCAUGCUCAUCAUGACAUCGAACCACCCGGAGGCCCUCGACCCCGCCCUCAUCCGGCCGGGCCGGAUCGACCGCUGCCUCCUCCUUGGCUAUCUGCAGCUCGAAGAGGCCGCGCAGAUGCUCGCGCACUACUUCAGCGCGAGCGUGAGCGAUGAGCAGCGCGCGCGCCUCGACCGCUCGCUGCGCUGCCGGAUGACGCCCGCCACAAUGGAACAGCUCUGUGCGGAGCACGAGUCAAUCGACUCGCUGCUCGAUGAGCUCGAGCAGUGCGCGGCUGGCGGCCGAGAAGGCUACGAGGGCGAGAGGGCCGCAAAGCGCCUUCGGCGCGAUGGCUGGGCGGCAUAG